CGCUGCAGUCUAGCCUGUUUGGACGAUGGCGACGAAUUCACCUGAGUCUCCGACAGAAGAAAAACCAGCGAGUAAAAAGCCUAAAGAUACAAAGUUCAAGCAGCAGAAACUUCCAGCAUGGCAGCCGAUCCUAACAGCGAACACUGUUCUCCCGGCAUUCUUCGCCAUCGGCAUUGCCUUCAUCCCCCUCGGCGUAGCCCUGCUCGUCACAUCGGAUAAUAUACGUGAAUAUGUGUUAGACUACACCAGCUGUAACAACACCAACAUGCCCAACCAGACGUGCUCCAGCUUCCUGAGUGACCCCAACACCACCACCUACCACAAGACCUGCACCUGCAAACAGACCGUGUCACUUGACAAUUUUGAGGGCAAGGUGUACAUGUAUUACGGACUCACCAACUUCUACCAGAAUCACCGUCGCUAUGUCAGAUCACGUGAUGACAACCAGCUCAAUGGACAGAACAUUGCAGCUGGCAGUCUGAACCAAGACUGUGAUCCAUACAGGCUUCUCAACGGCUCCGGUAUUGCUCCUUGUGGCGCCAUUGCAAACAGUCUCUUCAAUGAUUCGUUCACGUUGUCCUACAAAACAAACGGUACAGCAGAGAAUGUCGAUAUGUUGAAAACCGGAAUCGCUUGGGUGUCGGACAAGACAGUGAAAUUUCAAAACCCGGCUUCCUGGUCCGGUUUCACCAAGCCCCCCAACUGGCUCAAUCCAGUAUGGGACCUUGACACUGAGGCCAGCAACAAUGGGUACGUGAACGAAGACCUGAUCGUGUGGAUGAGAACAGCAGCCCUCCCCACCUUCCGCAAACUGUAUCGACGUAUUGACCACAAGGGAACAUUCAGUGGGGGACUUCCUGCUGGAGACUAUGAGAUCACCAUCACUUAUGCAUAUCCUGUAGAGGCGUUUGGUGGAACAAAGAGCAUCAUCCUUACAACCACAUCCUGGCUGGGCGGCAAGAACCCCUUCCUGGGUAUCGCCUACCUCGUUGUGGGCAGCUUGUGCAUCGUCCUCGGCAUUGUAUUCCUCAUCAUACACCUCAAGUUUGGCAAGAAAAAAAGUCAAGAUAUUUCGUUUACAAUAGACACAAUGUUUGGUCCAUGAAUGUUCAUUCAUCAUGUUCAUUCACUUUGACAUAGUGACAUGACCAGCGUGACCAACCGUGACGCCUACUAGAACAGGAACGAGAACAGCAGGAACACUGAGGUCAUGACCUCAACAUUAUAAGAAGAUCUCCAACCACAGUUGUUGUUUUUAUCAAAACAGUUUGUGUGUGAAAAGCCUUCAGAACAUAUUCUUUUCUCUAAAAUUAUAUGGAAGAUUUUUUUAAGCUCUUGUUAUAAACUUAUAGUUUCUGGAAUGCAAAGUCAGAGCUUACCACUAGCCAACUAGCCUGGGACUAGUACCCUUUUCGAUAUGCUAGUACAAAUGUCUCAAUUUAAGCAUUUUAACAUUAAAAGGGGAUUAUAUAUUUAUCAGCCAAGUAAAACAUUCGAGUUCUGGCCCAAUGAAUUCUUUUUGAAUCACAAUAUUUAUAAGGUUGGUGGUUGAAAUAUGACAACAUUCAAGACGCAAGUAUAUCUUUGAGUGAUGUGUUUAACGAACUGUGGGUAGUUAGAAAUUAAGAAAAAUAAAAAAUGAAGAAAGUAAAGUGUCAUUAGGUCACAAUCUUAGUGAGUUUGAUGACGGAAUUGGUUAAAGGCUUUGUUGAUAUAAAGAUUUUACAUUAGUCUAAUUUAUUGGUGGUUGAUCCAAAGACCAAGUUUAACUCCAAGAAUCUUCAUUGGUAUUUCUGAAAUAGACCAUAUACUGAAGGAAAUAUGUAAGGGAACAGAUAUGAAUAUAAUCAUGAUUGAUGUAAUGUUUAGUUUGUUGCCAAACCUUGGGUAUGUUUGGUAACAAUGUGAACAUACCAGAUAUUGACUUUGGUAAUUUAUUUGACACAUCUUCAUGAAUUCAAGUGUUUAGUGUUCUGCUUUGUUUCUAUGUGUUGCCAGAAUUCUUUCCAUCAGUAUAUCUGGUGUUUUUUGCCUUGUUUUGUCUAGUUAGCACCUUUACUACAUCACCAUGGUAACUGUGGAAUGCUUUGAUUCCUAUUCUGGUUACUGGGAUAAGACACUGAUCAUAGCCAUAUUCUCACUUAACUUUUCUAUUAUUGUCCUUGACAUGAUCAUGAAACAUGUCAUUUAUGAAUUAUCUUUUAUCUGAAUUAUCUUUUAUGUGCACGUGUGAACUAAACUUUUUCCUUCAAGAAAUAGAUUGUAUAUCUUAAUCAUUGAUCUUUCAAAAUUUCUAAAAUGAUUAUCUAAAUAGUUUUAUAUAGCUUCUUUGACAUUCUGUACAUUAAAUUUGUAGGUUUAGAAUGCAUUCUUUAAUAUUUACACUUCUUAAAAUCAUAAAAACUCUUAAGUAAUAUUCAUGUUUUGUCUCACAAAUCAAACCAUAUUUUUUAAUUUACUCAGUCCUUUCAAUGGCUACUGCUGAAUAUGUGCUGACUUUUAUAUAUGUGUGAAGAGUUCCAACAAUUCUUUAAGAUGAUGUAAAUCAUUUGGGAAAUAUUUGUAUAACCAUUAUUUGAAUUUCAUGUGUACACUUUUAAAAAAUUUGAGGAUCAGGCAAAUCAUGUUAAUCUGCAAUUUCUCCAGCCUAUGUAAUCGGUUGUAAGCUAUUACCAAUCAUUUCCGUGAUAUGUAUUUUCAUGAUUGUUGUUUAAUCCUAAUGCUUCAGUCGGAUGUGUCUGUGAUCUGUAAUAGUUGUGCAAUAAGAUGCUCAUUCUUACUAUCAAAAUUUCUUUCAAAUUUCUAAUUAUAUGUCUCAGAAUGGUUAACGAGUGAACAGCCUGGCCAUGUAUUAUGGUGACUAAAACAGCAACCAGCAAUUAAUGAUUUGUACAUUCUGAUGAACUACAUCAUUGUUGUGUUUGGAACAUAUGGUUGCAGUGUUUCAGUUACGUUUGAGACAUUUUGGUAAAAGGCGAUUUUCAAGUGCGUACUUUGGCCCAGCAGUUCAUCAGAUGCUUGGAGUAAGAUAACUGAUAACUGGGUGCCGAUGUCCCCUGAUGUCAAGGAUCUUAGCUUGUGCUAUGAACUUUACACAGAUUCAGUUAUUUAUUAUUCUUGUGACCACAGUUAUAAAGCUGGAUAUUUAACUGACUGGCACAAUAGACGUUUAGCAGGGUAGUUAUGUUUCUUAGUAACGUCAGGAUCUGCAGAUUCAGACAGAUCAUGAUCUUGAUACAUCAACAUCCCCUGCUCUUGGGCUUCUCCAAAGUGGUAACAGACCUGUGUCCCUUCUUGCUGUACUCCUUUGUUACGCUGGAUGUAGAUGAAAUAUUCUUCAAAUGGCUUAAAUCACAAACCUUUUGGAAUUGAAUGAAUCUAUUGAACUGAUCUUUUUUACAUUCCAUUCCCAAAUAUAGGUAAUCUGCAGUUCAGUUCAGUGAGAUGGCUGAUGUUGUCUAGUCUCCAUUAAGCUGCGUCUUGCACCAAGGGUCACUGGACAUUGCGAUCUCAUUUCGUAAGCCAGGACAAAAACUAUAAAGUUAAAAACAUUGUCUGUGAAAUUGUACAUUUGCAGAAACAGUUCUUUCAAUAAUAAAUACUCUACAGUCAAUCAUCUAAAGCUUUUCUGAUAUUGAAUGUCACCUCAAUAUUCCUCCAGUUCUUGGCAGAGAUGCUCUCAUCACAAGAAGCAGAGUCAUUAUUAAACUACAAUUUUGAUUUGAUUAAAGUCUGUUUAUAGUAAUCUGUAUUGUACUCUACAUCAGGCAUGUAAGUAUAGGGUGUAUGUAUGUUGCUAUGAGUAGCUGGUGUAAUAAAUAUAACUUGUAUUGUGUACAUGAUGAUAAUGAGUUUAUCCCGAUAAUGGAGCUCUUUGUACUGUGUAGAUAUCCCUUGGCUGUACAUCUUGCUUGCCUCUUUAUUCUGUUCGCACAUCCUUGUCAUCAUUGGUGAAAUGUUACCUCCUCUCUUUGUUUACCACAUUGCUACUGCUAUAAACAGUUGCGCACUGUACAUAUGCUACAUAUUAGCCCAUGUCCCAUACCCACAUCGUGUAUGGUGACAGUAUUGUACUUUGUCAAUAUCGGACCAUGGAAAGUGUUUGAAAUAUUUCUCAUCACCUUUCCUGUUAAAACUCUCAGUUCAUUAACGCAAUCAAUAAUUUACAUGAAUCUAUCUAUCCAAGUAAACACUUUGGAUUUUUACAAAUCUCAGUAUAGCAGUGUAACGAAUAAUACUGAGCCUAAGUUUACUUAGACUACUUUCCUCCGUGUUUUCUCCCAAUUAAGGUAUGACCUUGUGAUCUAGUUUUAAUUAAAAGUGUAAAUAUUUUCUUAUGGCCUCAGUGAGAUCAAAAAUGAACAGUGAAAAUAUCAUUUUAAUUGUGACACUAAAAGCAAAGAGAUUAUGAAAAACAAACAUCUUUCCAAUAUAUUGAUUAUGAUGCAGCAUAUUUAGAAGAAACUUUUAUUCAGAGUGAAUAAACUGAAUUAAAACAUGAAUAUUUUUGUUAUCGAACAUGUAUAUGUAAAACAGGAAUAGAAAAGCAGUGAUUGUUUCCCUCGUCUAUUUGAACUGUGUGGGCCAAACAAACAGGAAGUGAAUCUCCAAGGCCACCAGCUAUCCCGCGGAGCAAUGUAACCUUGACAUUUUCAGUUUUCUCACAAUCACCUCCCCUUCCCUUUCUUCAUAAAAUACUUGUAUGGUUGUACAUAGCAAUCGUUGUCACUAUGAUUUUAAUUUAUGUCAAUGUAUACAUUUCGUUUGGUAAUUAUCACUUGUUAUGUUUUCAAUAAAUCUAUUCUGCGAA